AUGACUAUCAACUAUCACAUGCUCAAACAUGACAAGAAGAACAUACGUGCUGUCAGCAAGACUGCGAGCAGCAGCAGCAGCAGCGGCAGCGGCAGCGGCAGCGGCAGCGGCAGCGGCAGCGGCAGCGAAGUCCAUUACUCGAGGUCCCGAAUUGUCUCCAAAGGGCAUGACGCCAAUUCAGUCUUCUUGAUCUCCAUUGUCGGAGACGAUCGAACCGUUGCCCCUGCAGAGUCUGCUGGGGUACCCUGCAUCCUUCAGUUCGUAAAUUUGCUCUCUCUCUGGACAAUUUCCUGGGAGUCUUUCCUUCUGCAGCUAGUCCGUGUGCAAGGGGAGGUGGAGAACUGCAUACCCUCCUACACAGAGGCUGCGCGUUAUGACGAGGAGAAGCCGUCCCUCGGCACUCGUCUCGUGGAGGGCUUCUCGGAGAGACAGCGUGCGCUCUCGAAUUCCGGCAUACCAGCAGGACUCCUCCUGGUGCGAGUGACGGACGCUGCUCAGCGUGGCCGAAGAGCCCAGGAUGGCCGCAGCGGAGAGCCUCCUGUACAGCUCCAGAAGGAGCUCAGGCAGCUCAGGGCCGAGCUGGCGGAAAAGGAGAGGGAGCUGGCGACCAAGGCCCGGUUGCUCUCCGAACGCGAUCGCCAGCUUGGCCAGCUCCGAGAACAGCUGGACAUGGCCACCCGCGUCAAAGUUGAUGGGUUUCAGCGAGCCAGGCAUGGUGCCGACACCGGUGGUGGGCUUCCGGGGCAGUCCGUGGAUCCGUGGUCGCCUUUCGGAAGCUCUGACGGGCUCUCCUUCGCCGGAGGCUACGGGAAAGACGAGGAUCGCUCGUCCGAGGGCAGUCAGGGCAGACUCUCGGCCGCCUCGAGGGCCGAAGACAUCCCUUGCCUUCGGCAUUCGAGCUUCGUGACGCGACAGCAAAACCUUGGGGCCGAGGAAGUGGAGGGUACAUACACGCGUGGUGGAGAGACACAGGAGGAGCUAGUCGAGAAGCUGGUGAAGUUGGCGGUGAUGCAGAUCAAUACCAUCUCGAAGGCAGACGAUGCACCUUCAACACCGAGGCAGGACUAUGGGUGGCAGGAAGUCCGUGAAGAGCCUGAAGACAAGGUGCCGCCUAGCCUACUUCUCCCGGGCCUUCCUGUUCCCUCGAAUCCGGACGUUCAGGGGACGCCCAGAAAGUCGCACCAUGAGGAGGACGUCGAUGGCCCGUCGGGCCUUGUGGUAUCAAGCCCACCAAGGGAAGACAUGGUCCCACUGCUUCCCGGUCAACGAGGCUGA